GCAGUCAAUAAAAUCAAACGCGGCGGUCACUGACAUGUAUUGUUUAAUAUGCACGUGGAAAUGUUUUCUAUUUGUGUUAUUUCUUCAUCAAAUUUUAUCACAAGUUACCAAUGACACAAAUAGCACCACUUCAUCAAUUACGACACUUAGUUCUGUUACUAAAAGGGCUGUUACACAGCCAGUGACCAAGUCAGUUACGAAAUCACCGUUACCAACGCAACCACCGACCGACAUUCCGCCAAAUACAGAUGUUGGUCCCUGUCCUUGUGAUCUGACUGCCCAUGGCUGUGAUGUAAAUUGUUGCUGUGAUUCUGACUGUUCUCCAGAUGACCAAAAGGCUUUUUCUCAUUGCAUAGCUUUUAAUCCUAUAAUUGAUGACCGGUUGUGCUUUCCUGAAAACCUUAUGACAGUUAAUGUCUAUUUUAAAACUAAUGUUUCUGAUGAUGGAAUUCUCUGUAUUUAUUACGACAACAAAGCUGAACGGAACUUUUACAAAAAUCCCAAGCUUGUUACCACUGAAGAAAUGUUCUUGGAGUAUGAGAAAAAAUAUUCAGGUCCAUCAUAUAAGGUAGAAGCACCGAAAGCACCUCCAUUUGGAAACUUUUACAAAAGUGGCAACAGCAUUUAUAUAUUGGGUUCUGACUAUGUAGCCAGUUAUUUCACUCUACCAACUACACUGGCUUCAGAAUUUUGUGUUGAUGACAACCCUGCUGCUUAUUUAGUUGACAAAACACAACAGUGUGUCAGAGAUCUGAAAAAUUUGGAUGAAGAAUGUGAGAUUUCUCCAAGAAUCUCUGCUUACUCUUAUUUUGAAGACUUCAAGAUUGUUGUAACACCAAAGGUUUUCAAAGAAUCGUUUUUGAAAAUGUUAUUGAACAAAACUGCAAGCUCUAGAAGCAAGUCAGGUAAUAAGUUGGGUUUUGACUUAUACAACAGCAAGUAUGCAAUUGCCAUAUCCAAUAUCACCUUGUGCAGUGACUCUGGUUGCUUCAAUCCAUCAGAAUUCAGCAGGUCUGCUAAUCAGUUUGCUCCUAUGUUAUCUGGUUCCAAGUGCAUGAAUGUUGUCAACAAGGUUGUUUAUCAUUUUAUACACAACGGUACAUAUGGUAUUAUUUCAGUCCGUGUGGCUCUAAAUUUGAUUGAUUUGACACAAUCUGAUUUACCUUUUACUCAAACGUUUUCCACAGAAUUUCAAGAGUUGGAGGCAGAAGAUAAUGCAUAUUUCAAGAGGAGUGGUAACCCUGGUUACAUAAGGGGUGAACCAUUAUUAGCUGGAACUAAAAUUAAUUUGCCAACAGGACGUUCCAUAAUUAACUUAAGCUCUGAUCGAACCAAUUGGCUUACAAUUCCACAACCUUCACCUGAUGGUUCCUGCUCUGGUAAAAGUCGAGUUCCUGUUACUUUUGGUGUUGAUAUGCGAUCUGGUUGUUUCUUAAAAUUAAAACUAUCUGACCUCAGUAUUCAGUGCAAAAACCUUGAAGGAAUGAGCAAUAUUCUGUGGCAACAAAAUGCCACCCAUGUAGCAACAUUUGGUAACUCCCCAGUUGAGUUUGUUGCUGACUGGUUGACAAUAUUUGAACAGAAUAAACCUCCACAGCCUCAGUUUGAAGCACCAGACCAAUGCACCCAAGUUGUUACAGGAAUGCAGAUACAAGUAUUAUAUGCUAAAGUUGGAUCCAUUAAUAAUCCUCAGCCAAAGAUUAUUGGGGUUUCUUUAACCUAUGAAAAACCAAAGACAAUAUCAUUACAGUGUAAUAACCUCAUAUGUGAUCCAACAAACUAUGAUAAAGAGUACAGGAUUGAACUGGUAACGUCUGUAGCAUUUCAAGAUGUCUCUGAGCCAGCUUUGAAGUAUUUUACAAGACCUCCCCCACAAGAGGGUGGAUUACCAUUUGAUUUCUUCUAUCCUUUUUAUUCAAAUGGUUCAGUAAAGAACUAUGAGUCACUGAAUAAUAAUAACAACAACAACAUUGAAAAAUACUUCAAGAAUGAGAACCCAGGUUCGAAAUUUCCCCAAGACACCUGAUGAAGGCUGGAGGGUAUAUCAGCUGAAACGUGUUAAUAACAAACAAGAUGAGGACACAUAUCCGUCAAUUGUAAAUAAUGUAAAUAAUUCUUCAUCUCUUAAAUAUAAAACUGAAAUAAGCAUUACAUUUGAUUGAGUAAUCUGAAUGUUAAUGGGUUAAAGUUUUCUAGCUUUUGGGAGGCCCAACUUCGCAUAUAGGACCCAGGAAUAUAUUUUGAGACUUUUUUUUUUUUAAAUGUGUGUUUUAUAUGCCACCAAAUAUGAUAUUGAUCCCUAACUCUCUCUCUCUCUCUCUCUCUCUCUCUCUCUAUCUCUCUCUCUCUCUCUCUCUCUCUCUCUCUCUCUCUCUCUCUCUCUCUCUCUCUCUCUCUCUCUCUUCCAUUAAAUGCCGUCCAUCAGACACAAUGAACAGUUCCCAAUGUUUGCUUGAGUUUGAAGCAUAAAUGUGGUCUGUACAGGUGUGUUUUUCAGCAUGUGUGUGUGCAUGUAUGCACAUGUGUGUGUAUAUAUAUUUAUGUGUGGGUGUGUUGAGGCAGCGAGCUGGCAAAAUCAUUAGCAUGCCAGGCGGAAUGCUUAGCGGUGUUUCAUCUGUCACUACGUUCUGAGUUCAAAUUCCAUUGGGGUUGACUUUGCCUUUUAUCCUUUCGGGGUUAAUUAGAUAAGUACCAGUUACGCACUGAGGUUGACGUAAUUGACUUAAACCCUUCCCCAAAAUUUGAGGCCUUGUGCUUCCAGUAGAAAGGAUAUCUGUGUGUGUGUAUAUGUAUCUGUCUGUAUAUGUAUAUGUGUGUGUGUGUGUGUGUAUAUAUAUAGUUUACAAUUUAAAGAAAAAAUCCAGGAGAAUAUUACAAGGUAGCUAAUUGUUGCUUAAGUGUCCCAGGAUUUAAAACAUGUAGAAGAAUUCAAGAUAUAAAUGGUUUAAAAACA